CAACAGCAACGGCGAUCGCGAGAGAGAGAGAGACGGAUGCAAACAAUGCGUACGUGUGCGCGUGUGUGAGUGAGACAUUCCACAAGUGAUUCAUUCCGCAAAAAUAAUAAUAAUAAACAAUAAAUAAAUAAACUGGGGCGAAAUGUUUGUGGAAAUGUGUCAACAAGUUGUUGUAUCAAUAUGUGUGGCUAAUCGAAAUCGGUUUGAUUUUUAAGAGACACUUUACUUUUCGCCCUCUCUCUCUCUCACUCUUUGUUUUCGUUUUUUAUUGUUGUGCCGUGUGAGUGUGCGUGUGUGUUGUGAAUAUAAAACACAAUUUAAAGUUAACCACGCAUAAAUUGCAUACGAAAUUUCGACAAGGAAAAAGCGAAAGGUUCUAUAUAACCAUGGAGCAGGCGCGUCCUGUGCCCGCCCCCCGCCGUCUUUAUCCGGAGCUGCGUCCCGCCAACUAUGAGAAUAUCGAGAUCCGCACACCCCAAGCCAACAAUAAUAAUAAUAACAGUAAUAAUAAUAAUAAUAUCAAGAAGCUCAACAUAAAUGCGGAGAAUCUGCACGGCAAUUGUGGCGAAAAGAAGCUGCCGUCGAGUGGCCAAAGCAAGUUGAUUCUGCAGGAAAACAAUAUAGGAGAUAGUCAGCCGAUCUAUGGUCCGGAUGCGAAUGAGAAUGUCCAGGAGCCCUUGUAUGCCAUCCCAAAGCCAGCGCCGCGCCAGCGAGCGAUGCCAAUCGAGGAUCAGGAUCAGGAUCCAGAUCAAAAUCCAGAUGAAGUGCCGCUGAGGAUUCUGCGGGCGGCGCCACAAGUUCCGCCCAAGCCACUCAACAAUGACCCACGAUCCUCGAUCUGCAGCGAGGUGUCCUCCAGCAGAGCUGGCGAGGAUCGGCUGGAUCGGGAGGAAUCGCGGUACGCGUCCAACGUUUCGCUCGACUGCAGCGAGAGCUCCCAGAGCGGCAAGUUCAAGUCGCAGUCACCCGGGUACGUAGACGCCAUCAACGACUCAACGGAUCCGAACGGGGAUCAGAAUCGGGAUCGGGAGUCCUCUUCCUCCGCAGAACAGUCCUCCGGCAGCCAAGAUGGCGACGAUGACAACAACCUGCUGCGAUCGCUGGGCACCACCUCCAAGCUCCUAGGCGAAGCCAUCGGCGAGCGGAUCACGUUCAAGGCCAAGGGAGCCAAGAAGCGGCUGGACAGGAACCUCAAGAGCUCCACGGAGGCGAUCAGCACGAUCAGCGCGGACGCCGGUCGGAGUUUGAAGCACGCGGGCAAGAGAUUCGGCUCCAAUUUCAGUCUGGGCAGGAGCAGGGCGGACAAGGCAGAGCAGCAGCAGCAGCAGGAUCAGGCAGCCGACGAAAUGGAUCUGGACAGGCGGCGGACGAUGCCCAAUACGGAGGUCUUCAGUGCUAUUCAGUUCUCGAGCCCCCUGAACCGCAACGGAGGUCUCUCCGAUCUGCGGGAAGGCAAGCUGCCCAAGGAGGAGCAGAAGAAGAAGGAGCAGGAGGAUCAGCAGGACGACGACGGCUGCUAUGAGGUGCCCAAGGCGCAGGGCAAGCCGCCCAGCUACGACGAGGCUCUGCGCUCCAGGAGCAGCCCGCCCAUGCCCGCCUUUCCGCCGCCCCGCCUCUCCCAGCAGCCGGAACAGUUCCGUUUGGACGCACUGCAGCCGCCGGUGCGGCAGAAGCGUCGCAAGAACUACGAGCACAUCGAGCUGCGCCGCCAGCCCGUCGAUUCCGCCCAGCUGGAGGAGCUCAAUCGGGCGGCGGAGCUUGCGGAGCGCGAGGAAUCCCUGCUGAUCUCGGCCAAGAAUGCCGAGGAGGAGGCCAAGGCACCCAAGCCGGAACGCAGCGACUCCUGGGAGUUCUACAAUGAAGAUAACGAGGAGGAGGAGGAUGAGGAUGAAGAGGAGGACGAGCCGUUGUACGCCAACCAGGAGGCCACCUACGGCAGGCUCUUCGAGAGCAGCAGUCGCAGCAAUGUGCUCACACCCAACCAGGUGGUGGAGCAGCUGUCCUGCAUCAGCGAGGAUUCAGAGCUAGAUGGAGCCGUUGGCGGUGUGGCGAUGCCCCUCCCGCAAUCGCUCAUUGAGGAAUUCGAUCCGCUGUGCGGGAAGAGCUCCUCCGGCUCCUCCACGCUGGCCAGGUCGAACAAGAGCAACGAGCUGCUGCUGCUGGAGCAUCUGCUCGAGGAGGACACCUACGGCACGGUGAAGGCGGAGCAGGAUGACGUGAGCAUGUGCACCUCCGAGGAGGAGCCAGCCAGCUCGAAGUCGCCGCAGAUCGUCCACCAGAAUGCCCGGCUGCUGAGCGAGAGCAUGGAGAACAUGCUGGACGAGCAGCGGGCGCGUCCCUAUCUCAGUCGAAUGCCAGCGGAGGCGGAGGCGGAGGAGAGACCCAAGGAAGGGUCCAUUGCCUCGCGGAAUCGCACCAAUUGGUUUGUGCCCGAGAAGGACAAACCAACAACCAUCGAGGGCGACAGUCCACCCACUUACCUGGAGGCCAUUGGAAGUGGCAAGGAAUCAUCAUCUCCUGGCAGUCAAGAGAAUCGCUCGCUCUUCCGCCAGACCAUGAACGCCAUCUCCAAUGUGAAGCUGCGCAUGGAUGCGAUGAAGCGGAAGGCCAGCUUCCGCGCUCAAUCGGGAAAUCAGCGGCAAUCGGAGGUUCGGGUGGCCCUCCAGAUGGUCCCGCGUCCCAGUCUGUCGCCCCUGCUCGUCCGCUACGAGGGUCCGCUGGUGCGCUUUCCCUCGGGCGUCGUCGAGGACAUUCUGAAGGAGAUGCAGAACCGCAAGGCCAUACUGAGGGAGCGACAAUUCCAGACCUUCCUCGACCAGGAGAUGAAGACGCCGCGCGAGAUGAUACCUUUGGAUGCCAUCACCACGCUGCAGUGCGUGAGCAAUAGCCGGGUCACGGAUACGGCCACACAUUUCUACUGCUUCGAGAUCACCACGUCGCAGCCGAAGAACGGAGGAGGAGCGAAUGGAGGAGCAGGAGGGGGCAUGGACAGCAUGUCCUCCAAUCCCAAUCUACUCAUGACCAGCAGCUCGUCGGGCAAUGUAAAGCAGCAGAGGGUAUCGCAUUUGUAUGGCGUCGGCAAGGAGUCGGAGCGCGGCGUCUGGAUGCAGAAGAUCCUCGAGAGCCUCACGAACAGCCUGCCGGUGAAGUACACGUGCCACUACUAUCGCGCCGGCUGGUGUUACCUCAAGAACUCCAUCACCUCGGAGUGGAGCGGCACCUGGCUGGUGCUUCGCAAGAGCCAGCGACGCCUGAUCUUCGUCACCGAGGCCAAUGGCAAUGUGGAGAAGAUGGAUCUGCGCAAGGCCCGCUGCAUAGUGCUGAAGGAGAGCGACGACUCGAUUGACAAUCUGCACGUGGAGAGCGGUCCCAUGCUGAUGAUCGACUGCCCGCCGUACGCGGUCUAUAUGAUCAUGAGCUCCGCUCGGGAGACGAAGAUCUGGCGGCACAUCAUCCGCGAGGUGGCCCACAACAAUGGCUUCUCGCUGGGCGACCAGCAGCUGACGCGCUACGAUGUGCCCGUGAUAGUGGACAAGUGCAUCAACUUUGUGUACAUCCACGGCUCCAUGUCGGAGGGCAUUUACCGCAAGUCCGGCUCGGAGAACUCCAUGCACAAGCUGAUGAGCGCCUUCCGGGCGGACGCCUUCAAUGUGGAGAUCACCCGGAACGAGUACAACGAGCACGACGUGGCCAAUGUCUUGAAGCGCUUCAUGCGCGACCUGCCCGAACGGCUGCUGGGCAAGCUGACGGAUAGCUUUGUCUUCGUCACGGAGCUGGCGGUGGCCACCGAGAAGAUACCGAUCUACCGGGAGCUCCUCGGCCGACUCUCGGCCAUCGAGCGCGAAACGCUGCGCAAGAUUGUGGGCCACCUGGUGUUCAUCAGUUCGCAGCAGGCCAAGAACAAGAUGAGCGUCCAGAAUCUGACCAUGAUCUGGGGUCCCACGCUGCUGGCCAAGAAGAGCGACGAGCUUAUCUACUCGCAGAAGGAGGCCGAUGUUCUAAGCGAUCUGAUAGUGCUCUACAAGAAUCUAUUCCCCUGCAGUGCCGAUGAAAUGAAACGGGAGCAGGCCAUGCUGGCAUGUCUGCAGAAGUAUUAUGCGGCUGCCGAGACGCUAAAAGAUGCAGUGAAACAGUCCGGGGACAUCAAGAUCUGGAUCAGCCUGAAUCCCAAUCCUGACAACAAAACAGAGGAGAAGACGCAAGUGAACGCCACCAUUUCGCCGACGAAGACCGCCUACGAGCUGUGCCGCGAGUACUCGGCCAAGAUGCAGCUGCCCACCCACCAGUUGACCCUGUACGAGGUGAUUCUCAACGACAGCCUGGAGCGACCGCUGCACCACGACACCAGGGUGUUCGAUGUGAUCCUCAACUGGUCCUAUUGGCCGGAGGAGGAUCGCAAGCACAACUAUUUGGUGGUGCGACCGGUCGAGAUGCUGCGCGAAAUCCAGCGGGCGGUGAAGAAUCUGGCCACCGUGACGCCCGGCAAGGAGCUGCGCUUCGCCGACUCGCGAACGAAGACCUUCAAGACGCUGCAGUGCGAGCUGCGGGACGGGAAGAUAGUGGUGUCCAAGAAGGACAAGAGCGACAAGACGACCAUUGUGCGGGAGGUCUUCCUCCAGAGCAGCACGGCCUAUUUGGGCUGCGAGCGCAAGCGCGACUUCCCCUGGAGCUGGGCCAUCACCUUUGUGGAGCGCACGCAGGCGCAGAUCAUGAGGUCACGCGAUGCUCCGUUCAUUGGCCACGUUUUGGCGGGCAGCGAGUGGGUGGAUCGAACCAUCUGGUACUCCAGCAUCUGGUACUGCCUGCACGGGGACAACAUCCUGCCGCCGGCGGAGAUCAUCAUUAAGUAGAUCUAGUAGUUUUCCACUUCUUGUGCAUUUUUCUGUAGAUAUUCUGAAUUUAUUUGCAAUAAUUAGGGCAAUAUAUCCAAUAUUUUUACGAGAGUUUUCCGAUAUAUCGAAUAGGUUUAGCCAACGAAAGUACUACUAUUUUUUUUUUUACAACAUUUUUGUGUAUAUAACCAUGUUCUCUCAAAACCCAAAUUGUACAUAACCUUAAGGAAUUUAAAUUUGUAUCAUUAAGUAUAUGCCAUUUGUCUUCAACAUAGCUCGUUUUCUGGACUAUCUAGCGUUUUAGUAGAUAAAACGAGAAACUAACUAACAGUUAGACACGGCCACGCAGAGCAUCAAAUUUUAGCCUAGUUAAUGUUUUCGUAAUAUCUGUAAUGUAAUUUUUAUACGUACUCGUAAUCGACCCAAUUGGUUUUGCAUUUAUGUAUUGUGUUUAUUUACAUACGAAGCCAUUCAAUUGAUUGUCUAGACAACCCAGAGUUUAAUAGUAAAAAAUAUAACUAUUUACAAAUAUUUCGUGA